AUAGGCUAAAAUGAAUGAAUGCAUGAACAAUCAACGAUCCUUAUAGGUCAAGGCGAAGGAAGAUAUGCAUACAAAAGAAAAACGAAAUGAUUGGGAAAGCCUUUCCCUUUUUCUAUUUUGACCUAUAUCUAUCUAUAUCUUCUAUAGUUGGUUUUGUAAGGAUUAGUUACAAAUUCAUUCUCAAUGAUGGAUGUACCACUGUGUGAAUCGACAAGCCUUUCAAGCCUUCAAACAAGAAAAUGCAUAACUCUCUGGAGGUAUAAAAAGCUACAAACUUUCUGAUCACAAUAAAUGUGAACAAAACAACUAAUACAUUAUAUAAGGGAAUAAAAAUCUUAUAUCAAAACAUAGAAAUUCAUUGUUUGAUGAAAUAUUUUGGAAUAAUCUAUCAUAAAAUACUCUUGAAUGAGUAGUUACACUAUUUGCGCUGAGAAGAAAGGUAAAAUUGACUGAAACAUAAACAGAAUGUUAAAGAUCACAUCAGUACUCCACGAACUGCACAUAUGUCAAAUCCCAGUGAAAAAUCGCCUAGUUCUACAAUAAUUAAUGGUGAAAUUGUGAAUAAAUCACAUUCAACUAGUAACACAAAUACCUCAUUACCAUUUGGGAGUACUGUAGCCAAUAUAAUGGCUGAAGCUGUACACGCAGUUAGUGGUGGUGGAGUUGGCGGCGGCGGCAGUGGUGGUGGUGGUGGUGGUACAAGUAGUACUAAUAAACCUGGAGUCACUGGUAUUGGAGGCAGUCAUACAGCCAAUGUAUGUGAAUCAUGUCAUAAAACUAAAUUUGCUGACAACUCUGGAAAUUCAUGUGUGUAUUGCAAGCGUAGAACGUGUACACGAUGUGGUAAUCAUUCAGAAAUAAAACCCAAUGUGAUUCAAUGGGUUUGUAAACAAUGUAUUCAAAAACUUGGUACUACUGAAGGACAAAAAAUGUCACCCAAUUCUACUCUGCCCCAGCAUACAGAAACAUCUGCGAGCAGUAUUACUGGACGUUUAGGUGAAAGUAUUAAGAGUUUUAUAUCUAAACCAAAAACACCGGAUAUUAAAAGGCAAUUACCCCAGGUUAACAUCAGAAAUCAAAAUCUUCCGUACUCUCCAGAUGCAUCAAGUGGAAAUAGACUUCAAAAUGCAGGUUCAGGACGUCUACUUCCAAAACCCUAUUCUACAAUGCGAUCAAAUAGUCUGGAUGCAGAUAAAACAGCUUACAUUGGCCCAGAUCAAUCCGGGUACUAUGGUGACCAAAAAAGACCAUACACAGAUAGAUAUCCUAGACACGAUCAUACUCCUGGUGAGUAUGGUCAUGUUAGACCAAGAAGAACAUCCGGUGAUUAUUAUGCCUCAGAUGAAUUUCAUCCUUACAGAGAAGUAUCAAGACAAUAUCCAUAUGAUUCAAGAAUGCCAAAUAAUGUCUACCUUGAUACACUGUAUACCGGAGAUUCCUUCACUUCAGAUCCAUCAGAUUCUCCAUGUCAAAGUGGCGGAAGUAUAAAACAUAGUGUAUCCUAUGGAAGAACUUCUGCACAUGAUUAUCCUAGAUAUCAAGAAAUGGGAUAUAGAAGUGAUCAACACUUUGAUUCACAAUCACCCUAUUUAAAACCAAAUUAUUCAUCGAGUUCUUUUAGUUCACAAAAACGAAAUAUUCCAAAUUGGGAAAAUUAUCGUUAUGGUGCUAUACCACCAAGAUAUCGUGAUCAACUUCGUCAUCAUCAAUUGCAUCAUCUUUCAUUUAGUAGUUCUGAUGGAGAAGAUUUCAGUGUUGUUGAUGAUGGUUCAGUCCAGUAUCAAGAGCCUAGACGAAGACUAUUACCGAGUAAUUUUGAAAGAAAACCUUCACCUUAUUCUCAAGGGACAGUUACAGAUGAUGAUGAUCCAGCGAGUCAAUUUUAUAUUAGUAAACGUUCAACAACUCCAUACUAUGGUGGUCAGUUGAAACCACAUGUAUGGGAUCAAGAUCGAGCUUUAUCAUUAUGUGAUGAACCGCCAAGAUAUCCAUAUGACUAUGAGACACAAUCUGAACAUCAUCGACGACUUCCAGAAAACAGAAAUUCAGCAUAUCAAGGAGAUGUACGAUACAACCAUGAAGAUGGAACAAUUAUUACAACAAGGAGACCAGCGAAAGGUUCAUCAUCACAUCCAGUCACAUGGAAUGUUUCAGAAGACGGUAGACGUUUAAUUGGUCAUAUGAUACUUCGAAAGAAAUCUGAUCCUCAAUUUGGUGAACCAGGAUCUGUAUUAGGUCUUAAAUUAGCUGGUGGUCGACUUGAUCGAUCUAGACGUCUUUGUGCAUUUGUUACUCAGAUUAAACCAGGCAGUCCAGCAGAUGUUGUUGGACAUUUAAGACCUGGUGAUGAAAUAUUAGAAUGGAAUGGACAAUCACUUCGUGGACUAAGUGCUGAUGAAGUCUCACAAAUUAUUUAUCAAUCAAAAGAUGAAAUACAAGUGGAAUUAGUUGCUCAAAGAGAAAUAAAUAAUAAUAAAUAA